AUGCCUUUCAAGUCUGUAUACGAGCACAUCGACAUCCCCCAAAGCAAUGUCCUGACUUACAUCUUCGGCAACGGCUCAUUGCUCUCCAACGAGCCCAUCUGGAUUGACGCCAAAAACCCUCAGAAAAAUCUGUCGCCGCACCAGCUGCUGCAAUGGGUGCGGCGGCUGGGCCUCGGCCUGCAGCGCCUGGGCUUGAAGCGAGGAGACGUCGUCAUGAUCUGCACGCCGAACCACAUCUUCGUGCCUGUGGCGUAUCUGGGCAUUGCAGGCUCGGGACACAUCUUCAGCGGUGCCAACCCAAUCUCUACGGUUCCGGAGUUGGUUCAUCAGUUGUCCAACACCGGAGCAAAAGCCGUCCUCGCUCAUCCUAGCGUCCUCUCCAACGUUGUCGAGGCUGCAACCAAGGUUGGCCUUCCCAAGAACCGGAUCUUCCAAUUCUCAGACGAGGAAGUCCCCGUUCGCGAUGGCAUUCCAGACUGGAGGUCCUUCCUAGCAACUCAUGUAGACGCCUUCCGUUGGCAAUGGCCCGAGUUCAGCCCUCAAGAAGCUCGCAACACCAUUGCCACCAUCAACUUCAGCUCCGGAACCACAGGCCUGCCCAAGGGCGUGUGCGUCCCCCACUCGAGCCUCAUUGCGAAUCUCGCCCAGGCCGUGCAUCUGCGCCACGUCCACCGAAAGCCCGAAUGGGAUCUCCUGCCGCGCAACCGCUGGAUCGGAUUCCUGCCCCUGUACCAUGCCUACGGCCAGCUAUACGCCUGCUUGAUGGCCGGCAAGACACUGACGCCGCUGUACAUCAUGGCAAAGUUCCAGUACGAGGAGUUUCUGGCCAACAUUGAAAAGUACCAAAUCACCCAGCUGCAGGUCGCGCCGCCAAUCAUCGUCAUGCUCACCAAACGGCCAGAGACGAGCCGCUACAACCUCUCGAGCGUAAGACACAUUACGUGCGGAGCUGCGCCCCUGUCAAGAGAACUUCAGGUGGCCUGCGAGCAGAAAUUCAACCUGCGCAUCACGCAAGGCUACGGCAUGACGGAGCUGACGUGCACCGGCAUCAGCUGGUCCGAGGGCCUCGCCGGCGACAGCGCGGGAUCUGUUGGUCGGCUGCUUCCCAACUGCGAGUGCAAGCUUCUCGACGACGAUGGCAAGGAGGUGGAAGUUGGGAAACCCGGAGAGCUGCACAUCAGAGGGCCGAAUGUGUGCUUGGGAUACUGGAAGAACGAGGCGGCAACCCGAGAGUGCUUGGACAAGGACGGGUGGUUUAGAACCGGUGAUGUUGCAGUUUGCAACAAGGAGGGACUAUUUUGGAUUGUGGAUCGAAAGAAGGAACUCAUCAAAGUCAACGGCUUGCAAGUCGCCCCCGCAGAACUAGAAGCAGUGCUCCUAGAAAACGAGCACGUAGCCGACGCAGCCGUUGUAGAAAUCAAAUUUAACGAGGAAGAAUGGCCACGAGCAUACGUCGUCAUCCAGCCAACGUCAAAGGGCAAAGUGACUCCCAAGGACAUCCAGGACUGGACCGCCGCGCGCGUGGCCAAGCAUAAACGGCUCGUGGGCGGCGUCACUUUCAUCGACGAGGUGCCGAAGCUGGCCAGUGGCAAGAUUAUCCGAAAGCUGAUGAAGCAGUGGUCCAAGAGAGACGCGGAGGAGAUGCUAAAGAAUGGAACAGCACCUCGAGCGAGGCUAUAG